UAAUACCCUCUCGGUGAGUGAUAGUGUUAGGGUGAAGUAAUCAAAAUAGGUUUGCCCUAAAACCCAAAUAUUGAGAAGGAGAGGCAGCGGAGAUGGAGCAGAGGCUAGCAAACAGCUGGCGAAUGCCUCUCAACGACAACAAAUUCAUCGAAGCGGCUCUCCUGUCGGAUCUACGUGUCGACGGCCGCCGCCCCUCCGACCACCGCAAGCUCACCAUCAAGCUGGCCAAGCAAGACGGCUCCGCGGAGGUCCAUUUGGGCCAAACCCACGUCGUCACCUUCGUCACGGCCCAACUCGUUAGGCCCUACAAAGACAGGCCCAACGAGGGCUCCCUCUCCAUCUUCACCGAGUUCUCUCCCAUGGCCGACCCCUCCUUCGAGCCCGGCCGCCCAGCGGAGUCAGCCGUCGAGCUGGGCCGCGUCGUCGACCGCGGCCUGCGCGAAAGCCGUGCCAUCGACACUGAGUCGCUCUGCGUACUCUCCGGCAAACUCGUAUGGGCCAUUCGCGUCGAUAUCCACAUUAUCGACAAUGCCGGAAAUCUCGUUGACGCUGCAAAUAUCGCGGCGCUGGCUUCACUGCUGACGUUUCGACGGCCGGAAUGCUCGCUGGCCGGGGAAGACGGCCAGGAAGUGGUGGUGCAUCCUCCCGAAGAGCGCGAUCCGAUACCGUUGAUUAUACAUCAUCUCCCGAUUGCCGUUACGUUUGGGUUUUUCAGCAUUGAAAAUCUCCUUGUGAUAGAUCCGACGAAUGAAGAAGAGUGUGUGAUGACAGGACGCAUGACUGCGACGCUUAACUCAAACGGCGACGUUUGUGCUAUUCAGAAGGCUGGUGGAGAGGGUGUCUCUCAGAGAUUUAUCAUGCAUUGCUUGAAACUUGCUCAUGCUAAAGCUAUUGAUAUUACAACUAAGAUUAAGGAUGCUGUUGAAGUACACAACAACGAAAGGGCGUUGCGGAAGAUUAAGCGGCACCCUUUGUCUGUUGCUAUGGAUGUAGGUGGUGCUCCAGCUGGAAUAGGUGAAAAACAAAAUCAAUUAGUUGGAGUUGAGGAUGGUACCGGUUUGGACAAAUUGAAGCUGAAAGAAGAGGAACAUUUUAUGGAAGAUGAAGCCACGCCAUCAGGACAAGAACAUAGUAAGGAUGGAGACUCCAAGAAUUUCACUGGUGGACCUUCAAGUUGGGAUCCCUACUCAGAGUCUGUAGAUCCAGAUCUUCUAAAAUCUUCUCUAGCUUCACGGGGAUCAUCAGUUCCUCCUAGUAAGCCAAAGGAUUCAAGGCAUGAGACUAAGCCCAAGGAACCACCACAGGAAAUUAAGACAGAUUUUUCUCCAAUUGACAAGUCUCUAAGUGGUGAACAGAGUAACGAAGAGUUAAUCAAGAAGACAAUGGCAUGCGUCAUACCAACUAAGAUCGACUUUUACACUGUCACUUCAGCCUGAUGCCGAACAAAAUUGGUGUUCAAGAUGGAGAAGUUUGUGUUGAAAGUCAGUGAGACAGUUCCUGAGGCCACGUUCUUCUGUGCAAUAUUCUGCAUUCCAUCCCUCACUCUCUGGCACAUCUACUAUUGACCAAACAUAUUUGGUUGAUGAUUUCCUUCGGAUGUUCUGUGGCUGAGAUGGUCCUGAACUUUCACCACCUAGUCCUAAAGGAUGUAAUUCGGCAAGUCUUCCAUCAUCUAGUGGAAACAGUAUUCUGCCAAUGUACAAUUGUAAACCUGCUAUACCUCUUGCUGCCCUUGCAUGGAGAGGAUGCUGGUGACUUAUCCAUACUUCUGGAAAUUCAUUAUUUGGAAAUGUUAAAUUAAUAUUUGUAUUCUAAAUGUAGUAGCUGGUACAUGAUCUUUAUUCAACGUGUAUGAGUAUGAGGAGCUAUCAUUUCUCAGAAAUAGGCUCUCCUGCUCCACAAUGCAACAACACAAGAGACAUCAAGAGACUGUGCAUUAGCAAUGAUCAAGGUGCAUAUGUUUGAUCUCAGAAAUUAAAACUUCACUUACUGUCCAUCACGCGAAGCAACUCCAGACUUUAUCAGAAGAUUUUUCUCAGGAUAAGUAGGCAAAUCAUGAGAGACAAUCACCCAUUCCAUUCCAUUCCAAAACCUCUCAUAGAUUGACCCACUUUCACCAGUGACCCACACAGAAAUCUCAGAUAUUUUAGUCAAGGAAAUUCUCUUCCUCUGUGGCAGAACCACAGCCUCUGAUUCCAUUUUACUAUCCUUAUUUUCAUCACUUAUCUUUUCUUCAUCAAGUUUGUCUUCAAGCUCCAACUCUUCUUGUGUGGUCUUCUUCUCCGUCUGAAGUAUUGACCCCACUUUUCUACAGUCACCGUCAACACAAGAGAGGAGAUCAUAGGGAAGUUUUGCCUCAACCCAUCUCUCAGUUUGCUCACUGAACACCCAAAACUUAUCUGUUUUCUGCUCAAAUCGUUGACUGCUUUGUUGGAAAUUUUGAUAUGGGCACCAUGAAGCACAAAUCACAACAAUAAAGAAGCAGGUGAAAGACAAAACUCCCCAGAUGGCAUAUAUCAAAUGGAAUAUUGACAUGGUGAUGUUGUCAUUGGAAACCAAGCCAGACAAAGAGCAGAGAUAAACCAAAACACUUAAACAUAAAUACUUGUUUUGUUUUGUAAGUUGCUCUACGACAAGUUUGGUUCUUUUUGAAGUACCUGUACCCCAAAUGCACCAUUUUGUUCAAUAGCUUCGAAUAUCGCCGUUAUCUGUUCAUGGCCAAACUUCAUGGAAGAUACUGUUGUCAUGGUCCUCAAGACCAAGAAAAUUUAUUAUGUGGGACGUCAAUUUGAGAAGUCACCAUGACGGAAAGAAGACAGAAAGGGAAGGUUUAAUAAUUGUUGGACCAUACUAGUACUAUACAACUAUUAUGAUUCUUAGAAUUCAAUGACUGCUACAAUCACCACAAGAUAAUAGCAGAACAUACAUGGCCUCAGUUUCUCAGCUUUGGAUGUAAUUAUUGAUACCAAAUUACAAUAGUGGUGGAAGUGUCUUUCUUAGAUGCUUUCA